UCCACCUCUACUUACUGGCUGCUCAGAGAAUGACAGACAGCAGUAAACAGGCAGUUUAACACGAUGGCCUCCAGCAGCUUCAGACUACUGCUUUUAACUCUCUGCUGGGCAGGAGCUCGUAGUCAGACUCUGACUGAGUCUGAUCCUGUGGUCAAAAAGCCAGGAGAGUCCCACACAUUGACCUGUACAGGCUCUGGAAUCACACUGAGUAGCAACUGGAUGGCCUGGAUCAGACAGGCUCCUGGGAAAGGACUGGAGUGGAUUGCCAUGCACACCAGCGGCAGUAGCAAAUAUUACUCUGAGUCAGUCCGGGGCCGCUUCACCAUCUCCAGAGACGACAGCAGAAAUCAGCUGCUUCUGCAGAUGAACAGUCUAAAAAUGGAAGAUUCUGCUGUUUAUUACUGUGCCAGAGACACAGGUGAUGACUACUUUGACUACUGGGGGAAAGGGACUCAAGUCACAGUAACUUCUGCCACUUCUACUGGGCCAACGGUGUUUCCUCUGAGUCCAUGCAGCUCUGACAGUGCAACCACCUUCACUCUUGCCUGCCUGGCCACUGGCUUCUCUCCCGCCUCACUCACUUUCUCAUGGACCAAAAGCGACACGGCCUUGACUGAUUUCCUCCAGUAUCCUGCAGUCCAGAGAGGAGAAACUUACACUGGCAUCAGUCAAAUCCAGGUGAAAAGAGAAGACUGGAACAAGCUGGACAGCAUCAAAUGUCUGGCCAGUCAUCCUGUCGGGCAAUCCCAGGGUGCUUUUGUCUUCCCUGAACCACGGAUCGUCUCACCAAACAUCACAUUGUACCCUGUCUGGAAAGGUAAACUGGGAAACUCAGCAGUCAGACUGAUUUGCACUCUCAGUGGCUUCUAUCCAGACAAACUGAGUGUGGAGUGGCAACACAACCAACGACCCCUGAAUAUUGUUCAAAACAAACUAAAGCUGCAAAGUAUGGAAGGGAGAGAAAAUACCUUCAGCCUCAGCAGUGAGAUUGAGCCAAAUAUCACAGAGUGGACAACAGGCAGCAGUUUCACAUGCAAGGCCACUCAUGAAGGAAGUGAAUAUGAAAAAACAACAAGUAUUUGUGAGAUGCAUGCAAGUACUCCUCCUUCUAUGAUCCUGGACACUCCCAGCUUCAAGACUGUGAUGACGGCUACCUCUGAUGUGAAAGCCACAUGCUUGAUCAGCACUGUUUUUGAUGCCAAGGUGACCUGGCUUUUGAACGAACAACUUGCACCAAGUAACACUGUUUCCCAAUCCUCCAACACAAGUUAUGUAACAAGUGAAGUAACUGUUCCUUCAACAAAGUGGAAGCAGCUGAAACAUGUUACAUGCAGAGCUGAACAUGCAUGUUUUUCAUCUGUGGAAAAGAUCAAAAACAUCACAGAGCCUGAAGUUCCUGCUCCAGUGGUGAUGAUAAGCAGAUCUCUUCCAGAUCUUCUCAAGGGAAACAGUGCUGUGCUCAAGUGUGAAAUCACACAACUUUCCUCACAUGAUCUCUCCAUCAUAAUUCAGGCCAAUGGAGUUGACAUCUCUGACAAUCAAUAUGUUGCUUUUCACAAAGCCUCAGACAUUCAUUCAGUGACCAAACACUUCAAUGUUCCUGAAAAAUACUGGAAAAAAGACCAAAGUUUCACUUGCAAGGUGAAUCAAGGUUUUUCCAGCAGCAGCUCCUCCCAAUCUAUUGGCAAUAUUUUUGUGGAUCCAUCAGUGGAACUUUUUCUGAUCCCCAGUCAGGACUCUGAUUCACAAACACUCUCAUGCUCUGGAAGUGGCUUCGACCCUCAAAUCAAAUGGUUGCCUGAGCUCCAGAUCAGCUCUUCCUCAACAAAAGGCACCAUCACCAUGAGUGCAGAUGGGCGUGUAGCAGUGACCAGUCGACUUCAAGUUCCUCGAUCAGAUUGGCAAAGUGGGAACGUCUUCACUUGUGAAGUCUCUGACAAGUCUCUCAACACAGCAGUCAACAAGAGUAUCAGUGUCUGCUCAGUUACUCCAGCAUCCUCUCAGAUUGCUGAGGUUUAUGUUCAUGGACCGCCACUGCAGCAGCUUCGGAGCAAAGAAAAGGCUCUGAUGAAUAUCACCUGCCUUCUGGUCGGUCACAACCUUAAAGACUUCUCCAUCAGGUGGAAGGUUGACAAUAGCGAGUAUUUAGGACAAAAUGUUCAUCAACAGCAACCAAAGAGCCACAGCAAUGGGACAGAGACGAUGCAGAGCUUCUUUGGUGUGUCAGCAGAGGAUUGGCAUGCAUAUAAACAAGUGUCUUGUGAGGGAAAACAUCAAUGUUCCAACAAAGGCUACGAGGCCCGUAUCAGCAAAAGCAGAGUUAGUGAUCUGCUCCCACCAACAGUGAAGAUAAUUCAACCAACCGCCUCUGAGAUGUCAGUGUCAGAUAUCUUCACGGUUGUUUGCCAAGUUUCUGGAUUUUCCCCAUCCAAUAUAUUUGUCUACUGGGAGGAGAAUGGAAAGGAACUUCCAUCCUCUCUGUACGUCAAUGGUCCAGUGUGGAAGUACACGAGGAGCAGCUCUUUCUCCAUGAGCAGUAAAUUAAACGUAUCCAAAAGUCUGGACACACCAGUAUAUUCUUGUGUUGUCAUCCAUGAAUCAUCUGAAACACCUUUUCGAAGCAGCAUGAAGGAUGUUCUGGCUCCAGUGGCCCUCAGUGAACCUUCAGUCCUCCUGCUUCAGAGUUCUAAUGAACUUGUGUGCCUCGCCUUUGACUUCACUCCUGAAGCCAUCAACAUCACCUGGUUUCGUGAUGGAACCUCAGAAUUGCGGGAUUACAAUACCAGUGAGCCACAAAGAGGUGCAGAUGGAAGAUUUAGCAUUCGGAGCCACCUCCGUCUGUCUCUAAUCGACUUCUUACCAGGAGUGGUGUUCACCUGCAAGGUGACCCAUGCAAGCUUUACAAAGCUCCUGAAUCUAUCCAGACCAGACACGCUGGAGCAGUGUGAUUUUUUAGAUCACAUCGUCCAUGCUGAAGUGAGCCAAGAUAUAGGAGUGGAAACUGUGCACAUGGCCUUCACCUUCCUCAUCCUGUUCCUUAUUUCUGUUGUCUAUGGUGUUUUUGCUACCAUGUUUAAGGUGAGACUCUGCCUUUUCUUUCAGCUUGACAGUUGCUUCUGGUCAAUAAGCUGAGACAUUCCUGUGUUUUGUUUCUUUUACAGACCAAAUGAUGACAAGACGACUCCCUGCAGACUUGAGGAUUUUGAUGCCAUGUCACCCAGAUGUGUUCAGUUUUCUCUGCUUUGCUUUUGUAUUUCUGGUGUUGUGUUCCGUGAAAAAAAAGAAAAAAAAGUACUUUGUCCGUGGUUUAAUGCGUACU